AUGCUAGACGCCAUCAAGAGAGACCGUCAAAUAGGUAGAGUGAGAUGUUCGCUGCAUGGACCAGCUAAGAGCUCAGCUGGAUAUGGCUCAAGGACCUCGUCAACAUCACUCACCAAACUUGAGAACACCUUGGAUGACAAUAGCGAGGGAACGAAACGAGUUGAAGAGGUGCUACGUCCUGUGAAGGCGGGUCAUCUAAGUAUCUAA